AUGAACGCCAAGGCGAUCGAUGAUCAUUACGGGCUCGAUGAUGGGUUCUUUCUCUCCUUCCUUGACAAGCGCUUCCGGUUCUAUACCCAUGGUUUCUUCCAGCGACCCGACGAGACGCUCGAAGAAGCCUCCGAGCACAAAAUGGAGACCAUGUUUGCUUCUCUCGGCCUCAAACCAGGUAUGAGAAUUCUUGAUAUUGGUGGUGGGUGGGGUGGUGUGACGCAGUAUUGUGCUGCUCGAGGCGUCCAUGUCACGACGUUGACGAUCGCGCCCAAUAGCGCUCGUUAUGUUCAACGUGUUAUAGAGGAGAAGAAUCUCCCUGGUCAAGUCUUCGUACAAGACUUUCUUGAUCAUAACCCAGAGGAGCCAUACGACCAUGUUGUGAUAUUAGGGGUGAUUGAGCAUAUCCCUAAUGAUCAACGAUUUGCACGCAGGAUGUGGGAUGUGUUGAAGCCCGGUGGCCGUAUGUACCUUGACGGUUCGGCAGCUGUUGAGAAGUUUGCUGUUAGCUCUUUUACCAGAGACUAUAUUUGGCGUGGCACGCACACUUUUAUGACUCUUCAGGACGUCCUUGCUGAGCUUUUAUACCACGGGUUUGCGGUGCGGGAUGUUACUAAUGAGACUCGGGACUACGAGCUCACAAUGUUGGAAUGGGCAAAGCGUCUAGAUUCGUCCAAAGAUGAUCUUAUCGCGGGUUGGGGAGAACAUAAUUAUCGUAUCUUUCGCCUGUUCUUGUGGGGUGGUACGCAUGCAUUCAAGACCAAUGCCUUGCAGGCUUACCAUGUAGUCGCGGAACGAACAUCUUCUCCUGGGCCACGUCCAUCGAUUCCCCGACGAUUCCGCCAGUUUCUGAGCAACCUGCGUUGA